AUGACAUCAAUUGGUGUUGUCGAAGUGUUUGCAAACAAUCAAAUGGAAAAUGAAGGUUUGUUUGAGGGAGAUAUUGCUGGCAUUGACCCUUACGCAUUAACGAAAGUUGAAUUUUUACUCGAAUUUUCUCUAUUUCAAGGAAACGUGAAGGAUAUUCUUCAAGAAGCCUUUGAUGAGUAUGAAUCCAAAACGUGCCUCAAGUUUAAAGAACGAACACCAACUACGAAUGACUACAUCUUGUUUACAAUCGUUUCUGGCUGCUGGUCAUCUGUCGGUCGCAAAGGAGGUGAGCAAGAAAUAUCUUUGAGUGAAGGAUGCCACGACAAAGUGUCUGCUGUUCACGAAAUCGGACAUGCUAUUGGACUUUGGCAUGAGCACAGCAGGUCAGACAGAGACGAAUAUUUAGAAAUAUUGUGGGGGAACAUUAAGACAGGCUCAGAACGUAACUUCUUGAAGUUGAAACCUUGGGAAAACAAUUUAUUAGGCGAGAAAUUCGACUAUAAGUCUAUCAUGCUAUAUGGUGAAUAUGCAUUCGCAAAGGAUCGCAAUUCAAUGACUAUGAAACCCAGAGAAGAAAAUGUCACCAUUGGACUUAUCAAUAACAAACCUGGACUGAGUGAUAGUGAUGUCAGGCGAAUCAACAAAAUGUAUGAAUGCAAUGAUGAAAAAAGACCACCACCACCGGAGGUGCCCGAUUUCACUUGUGAUUUCGAAGCUGAUAUGUGUGGUAUGGAGAAUGCCGACAACAAUUAUAAGACUCAAUGGAAAAUUGAAAAUGGAACAUUAGGAGGCCGGGACGGUAGCUAUAUUUUCGUCAAUGCUGCAGAUGCGUCCUAUCGAAAAAUCCGUUUAAUAACACCUUUUUUCGGCGCCUAUGGACGCAAGAAGGCCUGUUUUAAUUUCGACACCUUCUUUAACGGUGGGGGUGCCGUUUCCCUAGAUAUUUCAGUGCACUUUACCCACUCUUCUAAAUUAAUAAUGAAGCACAUAGAUAAAAAAGAUGAGUGGCAGAGUGUGCAAGUUCCUGUCGAUUUGGAAGGAGAUGUGAAGUUUACACUGGACGCCAAAACAAGAAAAUCUAACGGAGAAGGAAUAAUCGCUUUGGAUAAUAUUCGAUAUCAAUGGAAGGAAUGCUGAACGAACACCGUGUAAACAUAAUAAAUUCAAUGAGUCUUGUAUUUAAUUGAAUAUAAAGUCCUUGUAAUCUAGUAGUUGAAACUGA